AUGUCCAUCAGGAAGGUGCUACUUGUUGUACUAUCAGUUAUUUUGGCAACCAACUAUUUCUAUAAUGUAGUUUUGCCAUCGAAUAAAAUUAUAAGAUUCCCGGAAAUAGUAAAACAGAAUGGAUACACCAGCGAGGAAUAUGAUGUGGUCACUGAAGAUGGUUAUAUUAUUAACUUAUUCAGAAUAAGAGGGAACAAGUGCGACCAGCUACGGAGACCAGUCCUCAUCUUACACGGACUCUUUCAAAGUUCAGAUUCGUGGCUGGACCCCGGCGCUAACUACAGCCUGCCUUACUUGUUGUCUGAUAAGUGUCACGAUGUGUGGGUCGGGAACACGAGAGGGAACUACUACGGCAGACGUCACACCAGCCUCGACCCUGACAAUGAUGAUAAGUUCUGGCAGUUCUCCGCUGAUGAAAUCGGUUACUACGACAUACCAGCCAUGAUCGACUCAGUUUUGAACAUAACGAAAGCGGCUAAGUUAAAUUACAUCGGAUUUUCACAAGGCGGAGGAUCCUUCUACAUGUUGUGUUCAGAGAGACCUGAAUAUAAUGGUAAAGUGAACGCGAUGGUCGGUAUGGGAACACCGACCACCUUACAGCUGUCCAACGGACCGCUACAGACUAUGUUUAGUACGGUCAUGAAAUUAGAGAACCUCUUCUAUAAGCUGGGCAUCAACGAGGUGUUUUCGAGGAACAUGAUGGCUCAUAAACUGAUCAAUUUAAUAUGUGUCCUCAGUAAGACAGUUUGUCAUACUAUAAUAUCGUCUUUUGAUGAAUAUAACCCGGCGUCACAUAACGAGCACACACUUUUUAACACCAUCAAACACUUCCCGGACGGUACGUCCAUACGAAACCUAGCGAGGUACGGACAAGCGGGCUUCUCAGAUAGGUUCCAGAAAUACGACUUUGGGAAAACAGGAAACAUGGAAAGAUACGGAACACACGAACCUCCUACAUAUAAUCUACAAAACGUUAAAGUCCCCGUGUUACUGGUCCAGGGUAGACGGGACUGGCUCGUCAACAUUACAGAGUUGGAGACUUUCUCAAAGAAACUGCCCAACUUGAAGGAGUUAUUCAUCGUGAACGAUCUGAAGUGGAAUCAUUUCGACCUGAUGUAUAGUCACAAUUUGAAACAGCUCGUGUUCCCCAAAAUCAAUGAAUAUUUAUUAACUUGA